AGAGCGUAGUAUACAUGCCCUGUACGCAAAAACCCAGUCUCAUUUCCACCUCACUGCAUGCCUGUGCAUUAGAGUUUCAGGAGCCUGGAUUUGUUUGGUCUGACAGCAGGAUGAAGCAGCUUGUCAAGACAGUGGUUCUGUGCCUGGCCCUGAGUCUAGGAAGAUGCGAUGAAGAAGUAACCCCAGAGAAUUCAGUCAACCAAGCUGCCCCAGAAGAAUCAUCCUCAGCAGACUGGGGCAUUGGGACCAUCAGAGAUGGCUUUGAAACCGUUAAUGGCUAUUUUGACUCUUUUUUAGAGCUGCUAGGAGGAAAAAAUGGGGUUUGUCAGUACAGAUGUAGAUAUGGGAAGGCUCCAAUGCCCAGACCGAACUACAAGCCACAAGAGCCCAAUGGCUGCAGCUCCUACUUCCUUGGUCUCAAGGUACCAGAAAGUUUGGAUUUAGGCAUCCCUGCCAUGACUAAGUGCUGUAACCAGCUGGAUGUUUGUUAUGACACCUGCGGAGCCAACAAAUACCGCUGUGAUGCUAAGUUCCGCUGGUGCCUCCACUCCAUCUGCUCAGACCUCAAACGGAGCCUUGGUUUUGUCUCCAAGGUUGAAGAACAUUCAAGAAUGAAGACAAAAAACAACCGUGGUGACUGAUAGCAUCUCCAGCACAGCUCUGCAGCAAAAGGAACUGGCAGAACGCACACAACUAAUAAUGCUGCACACACCCACAACCAGAACAUCUGCCAGAGAAUUGCAAUCAAGUUUAUCCUCAGUUCACCUUUCUGGGCACCAGAGUCUGCAGUGAUCAGUAGAGAUGUACAGAUUCAGAUAUUUCCUGGAUUAUUUAAAAAAAUAUAAUGUCAUCAUUAAAGGGGCACUGAGAAGAUAAAAAUCAUCUACUUUAAAAGAAAAUGUCCUUAUCUGUGUUACUAAAAUUUCUUAGAUAAUUACAAAUGAAGCAUUUUUCAAAUCUAAUGUACUUUUCACCAUUUAUGCUUUUGUUUACUUUUUGCAUUUCUUCAGCUUAGCCUGUGAAACUACACUGAUCAACUUCUCCAUGUCUAGCCAAUUUCACAUUCAGUAUCUCAUGCUCUAGGACAAUAUGUUUGUAUUAGGGUUCACAGGAAGCCAGAAAGUGGACCUGAUAACAGUAUUCAAAUAUGUUAAGGGCUGUUACAAAGAGAAUGGUGAUCAAUUGUUCUCCAUGUCCACUGAAGGCAGGACAAGAAGUAAUAAGCUGAAUCUGUUGCAAGGGGGAUUGAGGUUAGCUAUUAGGAAAACCUUUCUAACUAUAAGGAUAGUUAAGUACUGGAAUAGGUUUCCUAGGGAGGUUGUGGAAUCCCACCCCUGUCAUGGGAGGCUUUUAAGAACAGGUUAAACAAAAACCGCUCGGGGACAGUGUAGGCAUACUUGGUCCUGCCUCAGGACUGGGGUCUGGACUAGAAGACCUCUCGAGGUCCCUUCUAGCCCUAUAUUUCUAUGAACACUACAGGAGACCGGUUAAUUGUUUUUACAGAACUUAAAUUUGGAGCCUGAACUAUACAACAGUUUAGAGCUAGAUAUAGAACUAACAAAAAGAAAAAUGUAACGUUUUUAUUUAAUGGAAGUUCUUGUUGAUUAUUACAAUGCCCUGCUGAUUUAAAAAGGCACAAAUUCUACUCUGCUGUUGUACUGCAUUACAACACAGCAUGUCCUCUUCCACAAACUCAUCUCAGGAAUGUGGAUUUUGCAUGUUAUAAAAGAGGUUGUGAUGGAAAUGGUGGAGGGUAGAGGAACAAAACUUGAAAUACUAUAGCCUGACUUUUAAACAGACAGCCACAGUAGAACUAUUUGAUGAAUUGUUGAAAAUGAUUACACAGUAUAGUGUAUUCAUUUACGAAAAAGAAAAAUAAUUAACUCUGUUUACGCAGAAAUUUUCAUUUAAAAACCUUUGAGAUAUUCAGCCAGUUAGGUUCUUCAGCCUGCAGAAUGUUGCUCUCUUUAGUAGAGUUCUGCAUAAACUGGAUUCAAUAGCAUGCAUUGCACUAUAUAACUGUUGGAAUGAUCAGUUUGUCGGACUGAGAAGGGAGUGAAGAAAAGAGACAAAUAAAAAUUAAUAAAAAUCAGUGUUAUUUAGUUCAUCACUUGUUUUAUUUCAGGCCUUUCUCAAAAAAUGGUCCAAGUGUCUGGUUUACAAUAUGAGUUUAGAACUCCUAGAACUGCCCAUCUGAACUGCCCACUCCUAGAACUGCAAUAUUCAGAUGUCCCAUGGUGGACAAACAUCAGAUGCUAUUGGAUUGUUUAUUAUAAGGUGGCUUUUAAACUCAUAGCUCCUAAUUGACUAUGAAGGAGCCAAUUUAAAGGGUUUUUCUUUAUAUGAUAAUAAUGAAAGGGCCACCUUUAAAGAGUGUUAUUAACAGAUUUAUACUGAAACCGUCUUAAAAUAUUUGAGCUGGGUUAAAUCAAACCCCUCUUAAAAGUCCUGGACUAUGAUUUGAUUAUAAUGGACCCACUUUAAACCACAGGGUCUUGGGUAUACACACUGGAGAGCUAUAAUAUUUGUUUUCUCUACAACCAGCUCGUUGCUUUUUUAGAGGCACAUACAAUAGGGAUACUAAAAAUAUACUUUAAAUAUAAGUUUAGGGCUGCCCUGCUGGCCUAGUGACAGGAUGUUGUACUGCAACACACAAGGGGUCUGAGCAGGGGUGCAGGAACAAUUUCUAUAGGGGGUGGUGGUGCUGAAAGCCAUUGAACCAAACUAUAAACCCCGUAUAUGAUGGAAACCACGUCAAGCCAGGGGGUGUGACAGCACUCCCAGACCCCCUAGUUCCAGCACCCAUGAGUCUGAGUUAAUCCCCCAGGAUUCAGUCAGUUUGCAUUCAGCCUCUGAAGGGAGACAGCCCCUUUCAGAAGUGAGGUGGUGGGCUCCAAAGUAAGGUACAUUCAGCACUUGUCAGCUGGGGGAUUUGGAGUGGUGGAAAAUAAGUAAGGGAAGGAUACUCCCUAAAAAUAUUUCAAGUCCUUAUACAGUAUUUUAUUUAAGAAUUUCUAAGUCACAGUUACCUUGCAGACCUGAUGGUGGUUAAUUAGCUAAACUAAUUAAAAGGCUUGUCUUUUAUCCUUAGGAUUUUGUGUAUGGGGAGAUUAAGGGAUGUUGGAUUGAGUACUAUUUUGAGCAAGAAUGAUCAUUUUUUAGCAUGGGCUAAUCACUGGUAUAGUCUAUGAAGUUUACUUUUUAAUUGAUGCAAAAGCAGCAAAAACAGUAUGCAGUGUGCCCAUGCAGAGUACUUUGAUAGG